CUUGUGCAAUGUCCCCGCCAGUGACGGCAGUGCCGGGCUGGCAUGAUGGUAUAUAAGCUUGUGCAGCUCAGCGCUGGACAUCCUGGCCCAUCAGCACCAUGAAAUCAGGCCUCCUCCUCUUCCUGGGGCUCCUCGCCCUCUGGGCUGACCUGCUGCCUGCCUCUGGGCAGCUCCGUCAAGUGAAAACAGGCAAGUGCCCCGCUCCCAUCAAUGCGGGGGCUGCGAACUGCAAUAACUUCUGCUCCACGGACGCUGACUGCCCCGGAUCUGAGCGCUGCUGCAGUAACGGCUGCGGGAGGGAGUGCAGACUCCCCACAGGAGUAAACCCAGGGUACUGCCCGAAGAUCGACCCCGACAUAAUGACAAUCUGCAUUGUGGAAUGCAGCAAUGACAGGGAAUGUGGAGCUGUCAGCAAGUGCUGCAGCCUGGGAUGCCGUGUGCAGUGCGCACGGGCAGUGCCAGCCAAAGCCGGCACCUGCCCCAAGAGGAGAGUGCUGCGGACGUUCGCUCCAUGUGAGAAUAAGUGCAGAGAUGACAGGGACUGUCCCAACAGGAAGAAAUGCUGCUUUACUGGCUGUGGCCUUGGCUGUCUGGCCCCUGUAACAGAUCUUUGCCUCUCUCCAGGUGACAUUUGCCGACUCCCGCCAAAGACAGGCCCUUGUGAAGCACUGAUCCCUCGCUUCUUCUACAACCCGGCCUCCAGGACGUGCGAAAGCUUCAUCUACGGCGGCUGCCAGGGCAACGGGAACAACUUUAGAACACUCCCGGAGUGCCAGCGGGCCUGCAGGAAACGCGAGAAACCCGGGUUCUGCCGCAUGUUCCCCCCAGACACCAUGGGGAUCUGUGCUCUGCUCUGCUUCAGCGAUGCCGACUGCCCUGAAGCAGAAAAGUGCUGCAGUGUUGGGUGUGGCUGGACUUGCCAAACCCCCACAGCAGGGCCGACCAGAGAGAGAGACUGGGAAGAACCGAGAGCCUGACAGCAGGGCCUGUGGGGGUAUGGGACAGGAUCCUCCAAUCCGGUCCCCAUCUGACAUCCACCCCCAGUUGCCCAUGGGCCUGAUCGCGCCCCGCACAUGGCUUGUGUAUUAAAGAGCUCAGCUCA